CGUAGGCUAAUUACCUACCUUUGAACUUUGUACGCAGCGUUUGCUAAGGCAAAGAAUAUGGCUUGUUUAAGUCUUUUGCGGCGAAAUGCUGGCUAUGGGCUUCAGAAGGGGGUAGUUUCUGCUGGAGUUACAGCUUUGAGAGCCAAAUUCAGUUCAGAAGCCUCCAUUAAGCUUGAGGCAUCUUCAUUCAAUUCUGGCCUUUCAUUUGAAUUUUCUGAGGAGUUACAGCAACUCCAAGAGAUGGCCAGAAGGUUCUGCCGUGAGGAAAUUAUGCCAGUUGCUGCUCAUCACGACAAGACUGGGGAGUAUCCAUGGGAUAUACUCAAGAAGGCUCAUUCUGUUGGCCUAGUAAAUGGUCAUAUUCCAGAGGAAUUUGGGGGAGCUGGCCUGGGUGUCCUGGAUGGAUGUGUAGUAACUGAAGAGCUGGCAUAUGGUUGUACUGGAAUUCAAACAGCUAUUGAAGCUAAUUCUUUGGCAGAAAUGCCAAUUAUCUUAGCUGGUAACAACGAACAGAAAAAGAAAUAUCUUGGUCGGAUGGUGGAGGAGCCUUUGAUGGCUGCAUAUUGUGUGACUGAGCCAGGUGCAGGAUCAGACGUGGCAGGAAUCAAAACCAAAGCUGUAAAGAAGGGAGAUGAAUAUGUAAUCAAUGGACAAAAGAUGUGGAUAACUAAUGGAGGUGUUGCUAAUUGGUAUUUCCUGUUGGCACGAACUGACCCUGAUGCUCCUCCUGGCAAAGGAUUCACAGGCUUCAUUGUUGACAGGGACUCACCUGGAAUAACUGUUGGAAGGAAGGAAUGGAACAUGGGUCAGAGAGCUUCUGAUACUCGUGGUAUAACAUUUGAAGAUGUCGUUGUACCUAAAGAGAACGUUCUUGGUUCUGAAGGCGUUGGCUUCAAGAUUGCUAUGGGAGCAUUUGACAAGACCAGGCCUCCAGUUGCUGCCAGUGCUGUUGGUUUGGCGCGGAGGGCUAUGGAAGAGGCGCUCAGAUAUUCACUGGAGCGGAAAACCAUGGGAAAAUAUAUCGCCCAGCACCAGGCCGUGAAUUUCAUGUUAGCUGACAUGGCGAUUGGUAUCGAGACUUCUCGCUUGGCGGUGCAGCGCUCAGCUUGGGAAGUUGAUCAGGGCCGCCGCAACACGUAUUUCGCCUCCAUAGCCAAGUGCUUGGCAGGAGAUGUCGCCAACAAAUGUGCUACAGAUGCUGUUCAGGUCUUUGGUGGGAAUGGAUUUAAUUCCGAGUACCCGGUUGAAAAGCUGAUGAGAGAUGCUAAAAUCUUCCAGAUCUACGAGGGCACGGCGCAGAUCCAACGAAUGAUAAUCGGACGAGAACUCAUAGACAAGGCCAAGAUGACCACAAUGUAGAAAGAAGUUCAACUUUGAAACUACAGAGUGUAUUAUCCGCUCUCUUUGAAAAACCACUACUGGUAGUUAUUAGUUUACAUUGAAAUAUUGUGAACAAACCAUUCAAUGGCCUCGCUAUUAUCGCUGUUCUUUUGAAUCAAUUUGACCUUUUUAGGUCACGCUAGAUAACGUGACAUGAAAUAGCGUGCAGCGGCGCUGUGAAUGGCUGUAAUACUGAAUGAUACCUGUUGUAAAUAUUAACAAUAGACUAUAAACGUGAAACUUUUACUCAAUAGUGUUUUGUUCCUCGGGUUAUUAUCUAUCAUGGUCUUAUCUUUUCUAUUUUAACCUCUUUUCACCUAUUUCUUUCAAUGUUAUUCGUUUUUGGCCGCAGUGUUGUACGGCGUAGCAGUUUGAAUCCAAAUAAAUUAACCAAGCUACAACCAUU